AGGGAGUUACCUCAGCGCUUUCCGAGACAUGAGAUCGGCUCAUUUACCAGCCUGUUUCCUUACCUGUUAAAGAAGGAAAUCACGAAUUUCAGCAAAGCGAAGGGAAACAGGCAGAAAGACGGAUAAAGCUGGAGAACUGCUCCAGGAAAAAACAAACAAAACUCAACUAAACGCGGCGGAUCGCUCCUUUUUCUCCUUCUACCGGCGGAGCAGUGGGAACCUGAGGGGCGUGCAGGCGUGUUUACAAGUGUUUGAACGAGUGCCAGAGACCAGGAGAAGGAGGAUAAAAGCCCAAAGGAAGGAGGGAUGGUGGACAACUCCAGCAGCGGCAGCAAGGCGCAAAUGCCCAGUAUGUCUCAGGAACCCAGCGUGGUCUUCUCACAGAACACCUCCACAGGGGGAAUGAAGCUGGAGGCAGUGAUGGAGCAGCUCCAGCGCCAGCAGCAGGCCCGCCUGGAAAUGGAGAGGAAGGAGCGGAAGCUGCGAGAGGCUCACAUCAUGUACGCUCAGCAGGUGGCUGCCCAGCAGGCCAUACUGGCUGCAGCCCGGGCUUCCGGGGCCAACUUUAUGGGCAAAGGCAUUACCGGAGGCGUUCCUGCCGGCGGCUUGCCUCCUCGCGUGUCCAAUCAGAGCAGUGUAGACUCAGAAAGAGAGGAGGAUGAGGACAGAGGCCGGGAUUCUGGCGACGAGGACGAUGACAAUGAGAUGAUGGAAGGGGAUGAGGGCAGCGAUACGGACGAGGGAAGCGCCAGUGGUCUGGAGUUCCUCCGCAAGCAGACGUUGGCUCUGCAACAGAGCGCCUCGCGCAUCCCUGCUCGUCCGUUUGCGGGGUACUCAAUGUCGGCCCCCCAGAAGGCCGCCUCCCCGUCCAUUAGAGUGAAGCAAGAACCCGAUGAGGGCCUGUCUCCCGCUGGGCCAAACUCCUCUACCUCUCCUAAUGGACAGGCCGACUGGGGAUUCGAUGACCACUUCAGACAGAAUGGCAGCUCUGGAUGGACAGACGACGCUGACAGUAACAGAGGAAGAGGAGAAGCCUCCAGAGACUUUGCAAAGCUGUACGAGCUGGACAACGACCCCAAAAGGAAGGAGUUUUUAGAUGAUCUCUUCACCUUCAUGCAGAAAAGAGGAACCCCAGUCAAUCGUAUUCCCAUCAUGGCGAAACAGGUCCUGGAUCUGUAUAUGCUCUACAAGCUGGUAACAGAGAAGGGAGGCCUUGUGGAAGUUAUCAACAAGAAGAUCUGGAGAGAAAUCACCAAGGGACUCAACCUGCCCACAUCCAUCACCAGUGCUGCUUUCACUCUGCGCACACAGUACAUGAAAUACCUGUACCCGUACGAGUGCGAGAGGAAAGGUCUCAGCUCCCCGGGUGAGCUGCAAGCAGCCAUCGACAGUAACCGACGCGAGGGCCGUCGUCCUAGCUACAGCAGCAGCCUCUUCCGCUUCUCACCCUCUCCAAGCACGGCUCCCCACAUCCUCUCUCCGCCCAAGAUGCAUCUGGCAGGCCUUGGUGCUGGGACCUCUGUGGCCAUCAACGGCCUUCAGGCUUCUCCAGGAACCUCUCUGAAGAAAGAAGACCUGACUCCUGCAAUGAUGGCAGGGAGACCCCCCAUGGCGCUGUCUCUGGGUCAGCAGCAGGUGGCCGGUUUGGCCAGAGCCGCCACACUGGAGCAGCUCAGAGAAAAGCUGGAGACCAGCGGAGGGGGAGAGGGGCCAGAGAGAAAGAUGGCCCGCCUGGCAGAGGAGCAGCAGCGUCUCAUGCAGCAGGCUUUCCAACAUAACUUCUUGGCUAUGGCUUCCCAAAUGCCCAUGAACCUGCGCUUGGGAGCCCCCACCAUCGCCACCAGAGGUCAGCGUUUCCAAGAAGAGAAGCAGCAGGACAUGUCACUGAGCAUCUCUACCAAUGGCAGUGCUAGCAUCACUGUAUCUGUAGAGGUUAAUGGCACAAUCUAUUCAGGAACCCUUUUUGCCCAGAAGUCCGGUGCUGCACCAGGGACUGUUGUCGCUGCUAGCGCUGCCUCGUCAUCCCCUGCUGGAACCAGCACAAGCUUUGGCUUCUCUGCUCCCCAGGCUCAGACCCUCAGCCCCACACCCUCUUCCACCUGCUCCUCCAAGGGCUCUGGCUCCGCUGAGCUGGCCCCCAGCGGGUCCCCCUAACUCAAGCUUUCUUCCGCUUCCUGGACCGGUUUUCCCCAGCAAGGCCUCAGCAUAAAUAGUUCAACGAGAAACCGAUAAGAAUAAGAAAACUGUUGCACAACAAAUACCUCAACAACCCUGUCAACCUUUUGGCUGUCCAGUAAUGAGCAUAGAGCGUCAGAAUAUCACAAACACACACGAUUCUCUGCAUUUAAUCCACCACACAGAUAGAUAAACACAUCAUUUCUACACUUUUUAAUCCUAGUGUAGAUGCUAAACACAAUCAGCUCAGCCAAAACCCGCUGACAGGCGUAUUCACAACUGAACUUGAAAAGUUUUACCUUUGGGACAUUUUGUUUGUUCGUUGCCAUUUUGUUGUCCUUUUUUGAUUUUGUGUCGUUUUUUUUUUAGAAUGAUUUUUGUUUUCAGUUUUUUUCUCUUUUUACGUACCUCAAAUCAAGUAACCUGCAGUGGUGUCUUUACCUCAGGAGCUGUAGAAUAUUUAACCUGAAUCAACUUUAUUUUUGUAUUUUCUUUGAACGUGUUGCAAUCAGGGGAAGUCGGGUAAACUCUCACCACAACAACCUCAUUUUACAGAGCCUUGACCUCACAGCAAUAGGCCUCCAACCCAGGCCAUUCUGCUCUCUAACACACUGUAGCCUCGGACUGAUGAUGCUGUGGAUCGGCAGAUUAAAUACCUCAUCUCACAACCACUCUCGUUAGAAAGCCUUUAAGCAUUAACCUAUGUAGGAGCAUCUCAUUCAGUUCAAAUAUCCUUGAAAAAUCAUUUAUGUUAUUUAAUUUAACUUGCAUAUUUCAAGCAUUUAUGUCUGUGCAUUUAAUUAUUAUGGCUAACGACUAAUGGAAUAAACUAAAAUUUCAGUUCGUCUGAAAAUUGAAUAUUACAGAAAACCAAUUAAAAUUGAUCUCUAAACAGCAGGAGUGCUCAGUGGUUAAAUUUCCUUUUGCAUGAGUUAGUAUUUUAAUGAUCAGCUUUUUUUAUUAUCCAAGGACGUCAUCAUAGAGCAAAGCCUUUACAAUCCGAAGAGCGUUUUUGCCUUCAGUCCAGCUAAGUAAAACGUAUUUAAGACCUUUAAAAAAAGACAGAAUGGUUAUGGAUAAAUUAAUUGUCUGAAACAUAAUUUUAUUUCUAUUUUUAAGGUUUAAAAAUGAAAAAAACGCUUUCAUAAAAAUAGGUUAUCAAUUAAUAAGACAGGGAUAUUUUUGGGAAGUUAUAUUGGACGGAAAAGGUUUUUUUAUUUACUUUAUAUCCAAAACUAUUAGCUGGGUUUUGAUAUUUUUCUGACAGUGAUUGUGAGCCUCCUGCGUCUCUUGGGCUGCAGGUUGCAGACGGCUGUCUGAAAGGUCCUCAGUGCAGUUUAGGACAGGCAGUUUGGAUGCUGAAGUGAUAAAACAUUCAAUAAAGGAAGUAUUGGUACUAAAGGUGCUGAGAAAAGCCUGGAUAAAACUUGAGAUCAGCAUCUCUGUAAGCUUGUUAGCAGAGGUAGCACUUGUUGGCAAUGUCCUGAAUCCAUCUGUGUGGCAGACCUUAAAGCAUUCACUCCAAAGCUAUAUUCUUCUCAAUUUCCCCCAAACUUUCAGAUGGCUUUUUUUUUUUCUUAUGGUUCAUUAGACCCGACUUUUCAAUAAUAGGCCCGGAUUCUGAACAGCCGGCUUCUUUGGCAAGGCUUUUUGUGGCUUACCUACCAAGGGUGUUAAUAACCAUAGUCUUCCCUAUGGUUUUGUUGGCCUCAGCAUGGCUAUAAAUGACUUCUCUACACUAAAAUAUUAUUGAAUUGGUUUUAUGUAAAUGUCUAAUGAUCUUAGAAACCAUAUAUUUAAAAACAACCCAGCCAUUAGGAAUAAACUGAAAUUAAUUCUUGAAAUAUGUCAGUUUUUUCCAUAAUGUUUCUUAGUAGGAGUGUAAGGAGAAAAAAAAAUCAGUCAAAUAUCGCAAUAUUUCCCUGGAUAAUAUUUACAUUGGUUCAAAAUACCAAUAUCACGAUAUUUUCUUUGAUAUUGCUAAUGAUUUAAAAUGAAAUGGUUUGCAAAUGUGAAAAUAAUUAUAGGCCACCUAAGAGCCUAUUACAACAAGAUCCCUCGAAAUCAUCUAGAGCUCUAUGAUAAAAAUCGUAGUUUAUCCUGUUUGUUAAUCUAUCUAUUAAACUUUUAUCGUGAUUUGUAAUCUAUCGUAUCACCAAAGCCUUGUCAAUUCACAUUCUUAUUAGUUAGUUUAACUUUUGGAAUUGAAAUACUGAAAUAAUUGAUUUUUUUGAGGAUAUUUGUUUCUAUUGAGAUGCGCUUUUAGUUCACUUCCUUACAGGUCCGUCUUUAACGGUUGUAACGCACAAAGUUCGGGUGGAGCAGCAGCUGUGAAAGCCCAGUAGACCCUGAGCUUAUGUCUCUACUCACAGACUUACUGAGGCAUUCCUAAACCCAGCUACAUGGUCCCAUUUCACCCCACCCCUCCAAACAGGACGGCGUCUUCAUCAGUAACUAGUUCCUAGACCUCACACUGGCCUCUCUGUUCUGGAGGGCGUCUCUCUCAGGAAGUAAAGUGACAAACCGCAAGGAAUCACUGUUAAUUUAAAGAAGAUUCAUUAUGUGAAGAAUGCACAAGACUACGUGACUGUUUGAAAGAAAAAAAAA